UUUUUGGUAGAGUACAUGUAGUUUCACUGUCGUAGUACAACAUGUACGAGGCUUUCAUUAUUAUUUGUGAGAUACAUGUGUACAGAAACUUUUAAUUUUCUUCUGUUAUAUUGAGCCUAUAUCUGCUCUGUAAUUCAUUCAGUUAGUUGCAGACUCAAUGAAGCAAUGUCUUCUGAUUCUGAAAUUCUUAAAAAAGUGACUGAAGCAGUUCUUAAAAAAAGUGAAAACUUUCCUGAGAAAAAAAUAGCUGUGAAAGGGUAUGACUUCAAUGAUGGCAUUGAUUACCAUGCUUUGCUUCAGUCAUACAGCACUACUGGAUUCCAAGCAACAAGCUUUGGACAAGCUGUUAACGAAAUUAACAAUAUGAUACAGUGUAGAAACUCUCCACCUGCUGAUAGAAUUGAUGAUGUGGCAGAAACAGACCCAUUUAUUCGUAGAAAAACAAAUUGCACUAUUUUUCUUGGAUAUACCUCAAACAUGGCUUCUGCAGGUGUUCGUGAGGUGAUACGCUUUUUAGUUCAACACAAAAUGGUUGACUGUUUGGUGACUACAGCAGGAGGUGUUGAAGAAGACUUAAUAAAAUGCAUAGCACCGACAUUUUUAGGAGAUUUCUCACUUAAAGGAAGUGAAUUGCGAGAGAAAGGGAUCAACAGAAUAGGCAACCUUCUAGUUCCAAAUGAUAAUUAUUGUCAAUUUGAGACAUGGGUUAUUCCAAUUCUUUCAAGAAUGCUUGAAGAACAGAAAUCAGCUAAUAUAAUAUGGUCACCAUCGAAGAUGAUAACUCGGUUAGGAAAAGAAAUUAACAACUCAAGCUCCAUAUGCUACUGGGCAGCAAAGAAUGAAAUACCAAUUUUCUGCCCUGGCAUUACUGAUGGUUCUCUGGGAGAUAUGUUAUAUUUUCAUUCUUUCAAGGAUCCAGGUUUGAUAGUUGACAUUGUUCAAGAUAUAAGAAGAAUUAACUCUAUAGCGGUGAAAGCUGUUAACUCUGGGAUUAUCAUAUUAGGUGGUGGACUUGUCAAACAUCACAUUUGCAAUGCCAAUAUGAUGAGAAAUGGAGCAGAUUUUUCUGUUUAUGUUAACACAGCCAAUGAAUUUGAUGGGAGUGACUCUGGAGCUCUGCCAGAUGAAGCAGUGUCCUGGGGCAAAAUAAAAAAAGAAGCCACACCAGUAAAGGUAUAUGGGGAUGCAACUUUAAUAUUCCCACUUCUAGUGGCAGAAACAUUUGCAAGAUGGCAUCAUGAAGUUUGCUGAAGACUUACUUCAUGCUUGAAAUACUACAUUAUGUAUUUAUGACUUUGCUUUUAUUGCAAGAAAAUCCUUGUUAGUUGAUUUCAUAACAUUCGUUUUUAAUAAAUUCUCCAUACUUUUUUAAAAACACCUGAUAAGCUUUAAUACAAUAUAGAUAUUAUAAUUGAACUACAUAUAAGUUGAAGUCACAGGAAAGCAACAUUGAAGGAAAUUAUUACAGUGUGAACACCUCACAAGAUUAAUAUAAAAAAUUAUUUUUUAAUUGAAAGCUUAUUCCCAUACUGUACCUACAUCCACUCAUAAGAAUAGCUAUUCUUGUUCAGUGCUGCCCUCUAUAUGUGAACGUUUUCUUUAAACAUGUUGCAAGCCUUCCACUACCCCCCUAUUGAAAUUGCAAGAUUCCAGCAUGUCUCUAAUGCAAGUCAUCAUGAGUCACCUCCUCACCAAUAGGAGCAUGGACAUGCUGACAUGAAGCAUGUGACUCCCUCUACACUUCUCUAGCUAAUUAUCACUUCUCGUUUGGUAAUGCUUGUAUUCAAACGUGCUCUUUUGUUUGUUUAACCCUAUCACCCUGGGUACCCUUUACUGCACAGGACACAAGGUUUUAGUGUCUUACAUUCAAAAUUUCAUUA